GCCGACCUCUUCACCGGCAUCCUGCCCAACGUCUACAACCCCCCAUCCGGUUUCUGCUGGGACCAGCUCUGCUCUGACCCCCCUGUGGUGGACGGGGACAGUGAGGAGAACAACGUGGACACCAUCGUCACCUCCUUCCUGCAGAUCGCAGCCAGCCAGGCCGAGCACUACCGCACCAACCACAUCAUCAUGACGAUGGGCUCCGACUUCCAGUACGAGAACGCCAACCUGUGGUUCAAGAACAUGGACAAGCUGAUCGCCCACGUCAACGCCCGGCAAGCUAACGGCAGCCGUGUCCAUGUCCUCUACUCCACCCCGUCCUGCUACCUCUGGGAGCUGCACCGGGCCAACCUGUCCUGGUCCCUGAAGACGGACGACUUCUUCCCCUACGCCGACGGUCCGCACCAGUUCUGGACGGGGUAUUUCACCAGCCGACCGGCCUUCAAGCGCUACGAGCGGCUCAGCAACAACUUCCUGCAGAUCUGCAACCAGCUGGAGGCCGUGACGGGGCCGGUGGCGCGGGAAGGGCCCUACGGGCCCGGGGACGGCUCUGUGCUCCGUAAGUCUUGGCACUCGAAGCGCUGGGGGGGCCGCUCCGAGCCUCCCUGA